AUGUUGCCAUGGCGACCUCCCAGGACCGGGAUGUGGCUCCCACUGCACUGUUCCCAGCUCCUUGUGCAGGAACCCCAGCUCCUUGGCCCCUGCAUCUGGGUGGUGCUGGCAGUGCACGUGGUUUGGUCUUGUUUUGCUGGCCUUACAGAGCGUCUGACCAGAAGAGCUUUAGUGAGAGCAGGUGGGGAAAGAGCUUGCUGGACAGCCGCCUGCGAGCAGCCUUCCCCUGGCCCUGCUUUCUCUCACAAACUAGGUCAGUGCCUACAUGGAGGGACCUGUUCCCACACUCCAUUCCCUCACUCUCCACUCCGUGGCGCCUCUUCUGAUAGCACGUUGAACAACUGGACAUCAGGUGCCACCAGCGGAGGUGCCACAUGCAGAGUAGGCCAAGGUGUUGGUGGUAUGUUCACUGAGAAAUUGCGCUUGAGGAAGCCUUUUCUCAUCAAAGUGCCUUUUCACUGGCCUCUGUAA